CGCAGCGCGCCCGCAAGAUGGCGGCGGCCGCGGCGGGGCCGGGCGGCGGCAGCGACUUCUCCGACCUGCGCGAGAUCAAGAAGCAGCUGCUGAGCGUGGCGGAGCGGAGCCGCGAGCGCGGCCUGCAGCACAGCGGGAAAUGGGCCUCCGAGCUGGCCUUCGCCCUGGAGCCGCUGCCGCUCGGCGACCUGCCGCCGCCGCCGCCGCUCACCGAGGAGGACGCUCGCGACCUGGACGCGUACACGCUGGCCAAGUCCUACUUCGAUCUGAAGGAGUACGACCGGGCUGCCUACUUCCUGCGGGGCUGCAAGAGCCAGAAGGCGUACUUCCUGUACAUGUACUCCCGAUACCUGUCGGGAGAAAAGAAGAAAGAUGAUGAAACAGUGGAUAGUCUGGGUCCUUUGGAGAAAGGACAGGUGAAAAACGAAGCUCUGAGAGAGCUAAGGGUGGAACUUAGCAAGAAACACAAGGCACGAGAACUAGAUGGAUUUGGUCUUUAUCUCUAUGGUGUUGUGCUGCGAAAGCUGGACCUGGUGAAAGAGGCCAUAGAUGUAUUUGUUGAAGCAGCUCAUGUUUUGCCUUUACACUGGGGAGCCUGGCUGGAGCUUUGUAACCUGAUCACAGACAAGGAGAUGCUGAAGUUCCUGUCCUUGCCAGAUACGUGGAUGAAGGAGUUCUUCUUGGCACACAUUUACACAGAGCUGCAACUGAUUGAAGAGGCUCUGCAGAAGUACCAGAGUCUCAUUGAUGCAGGAUUCUCCAAAAGCACCUACAUCAUCUCUCAGAUUGCAGUUGCCUACCACAACAUCCGAGAUAUUGACAAAGCUCUUUCCAUCUUCAACGAGCUGAGGAAGCAAGAUCCAUACAGGAUAGAGAACAUGGACACAUUUUCCAACCUGCUUUAUGUUCGGAGCAUGAAACCUGAGCUGAGCUACCUGGCUCACAAUCUGUGUGAGAUUGACAAGUAUCGCGUUGAGACUUGCUGUGUGAUAGGGAAUUACUAUAGUUUGCGCUCCCAGCAUGAAAAAGCAGCGCUGUAUUUCCAGAGAGCCUUAAAACUGAAUCCUCGGUAUCUUGGAGCUUGGACCCUCAUGGGACAUGAGUACAUGGAAAUGAAGAACACGUCUGCAGCCAUCCAGGCUUACAGACAUGCCAUAGAGGUGAACAAGAGGGACUACAGAGCCUGGUAUGGACUAGGGCAGACAUAUGAGAUCCUCAAGAUGCCUUUUUACUGUCUCUACUACUACCGGCGGGCCCACCAGCUCAGGCCCAAUGAUUCCCGUAUGCUGGUUGCUCUGGGAGAAUGUUACGAGAAACUCAAUCAGUUAGUGGAAGCCAAAAAGUGUUAUUGGAGAGCUUAUGCUGUGGGAGAUGUGGAGAAGAUGGCAUUGGUGAAACUAGCAAAGCUGCAUGAACAGCUGAAUGAAUCUGAACAGGCUGCACAGUGCUACAUCAAGUACAUUCAGGAUAUCUAUUCCUGUGGGGAGAUAGUGGAGCAUCUGGAGGUGAGCACUGCCUUCCGCUACCUGGCUCAAUACUACUUCAAGUGUAAGCUGUGGGACGAAGCCUCGGCAUGUGCUCAGAAAUGCUGUGCGUUCAACGAUACGAGAGAAGAAGGAAAGGCCUUGCUGCGACAGAUCUUGCAACUACGCAACCAAGGAGAAAACUCCUCCACGGAGAUCUCCGCUUCCUUCUUCCUCCCUGCAUCAUUGUCGGCCAAUAACACUCCUACACGCCGAGUGUCCCCACUCAACCUGUCCUCAGUUACGCCGUGAGCUGUGCAAAUAGAGGCCUCUUCCCAUCCCUGAAACAGCCACCUUUGCAGUGAAGCUUGUGUUUGGCACUGUCUUUCCUUGGGGGCAGGAAUCCUGAACCUGAAGACCAGGCAGCUGUUGUGCCAGCACAACAAAACUUGCAGUGGGGCCCAGACAAAGUGCCUGGGCCGAGACCUCAGAACAGUGCAGUGCCAUUGCCUGAGCGCAGCAAAUCCCAACUUUGUGAGAAGCAGUUCCAGGUGAAACAAAUGAGCUGAACUCCCAUCAGGGCCAGAAUGGGAUCACCACUGCUUAUGGCAAGAGUGGUCCCUGCCAGGCUUCUCUGCACGUGUUAACCCACAGGUGUCCCACAAGCUGCUCUCCUGCUGUGAGCAGCAGAGAGGCACCCUGCUGUCAUGAGAGGAAGCAGCAUCUGGGGACCUAGGUGUCAGAAGUGCAUAAGUGACCUGCAGUAAUGGCUGGUUGUGAUUAGGUCUGUGGCUCAAAUGUUUUGACUUUGAAUGGAGGAGCAGUCAGAGGGAUACCAUUAAAUGUCGAUGACUGAA